AUGGCUCAUGGGCCGUUGUCACCAGCACCACCGACGGCAUCAGGAAAGCCCUGGUCUUCGAGCUCGCCUCCAAGGGCCUCAACCUUGGGCUCAUUAGCUGGAACCCCAGCAAACUCGAAGCCACCUCGAGUCAAGACCGGGGUCACGGACCUCACGAAGCUGAGCGGAGAGGAGAUAGAGGCAGCCAUUGCGGGAGCCACAGAAGGGAUCGACGUCGGGUUGCUCGUCAACAACGCGGGGUCGGCUUAUCCGUACCCGAGGUGCUUUCACGAGGUGGAUCGAGAGUUGAUGGAGAGCAUGUUGAGAGUCCCCCUUUUCAUAGCUACAAAGAUGACCAUGUCGAGGAGGUGCUCGAUGCUCUUGCCGUCUCCCGAGAUGUUUAGCGGAGCAAGUGUGCGGUGGAUCGGGUACGAGCGUCAGCGCAACCCUUACUGGUUACAUGCGGUGCAAGGGUUCGUGGUGCGUGCCACAGAGGCAUUCAUCAUUUGUUUUAUGGCAAUGUUCUCGAGGAGCAUCGACCUUGAGUACAAGGAGGCGGGGAUUGAUAUUCAAUGUCAAGUCCCCCUUUUCAAAGCUACAAAGAUGACCAUGUUGAGGAGGCGCCUGAUGCUCGUGCCGUCUCCAGAGACGUUCAACAGAGCGAGCGUGCGGUGGAUCGGGUGUGAGCGCCAGUGCAACCUUACUGGUUACAUGCAGUGCAAGGGUUUGUGA